CCUGAUAUUUUCUAACCAGUACCUACAAUUGAUGACCUCUGUCCCAUCAACUUCCAUCUACGGAUUUGGUGAACAUGAACAUCCGUCCUUUAAGCAUGACAUGAAUUAUGUUCGAUAUGGAAUGUUUGCCAGAGAUCAGUCACCAGUGGCACUUAGCAAUCUCUAUGGAGUUCAUCCUUUUUAUAUGUGCAUUGAGAAAGACUUUAAUGCUCAUGGUGUCCUCCUCUUGAAUUCCAAUGCCCAAGAUGUCACUCUGAGCCCAUCUCCUUCUUUAACAUUCAGGACCAUUGGAGGAAUCCUUGAUUUCUAUAUGUUUCUUGGCCCCACUCCUGAAAAUGUUAUCCAGCAGUACACAGAGGCUAUUGGACGUCCCUUUAUGCCCCCAUACUGGUCUCUGGGAUUUCAGCUAAGUCGAUGGGGCUAUAAUAGCAUAGAUGUGCUGGAAAAAACGGUUGAACGUUUAAGACAGUAUGAUAUUCCUCAUGAUGUUCAGUAUGGGGAUAUUGACUACAUGGAGCGGCAGUUGGACUUCACCUACGAUAAAGCCAACUUUGCUGGUCUGCCCGAGUACAUUCAGAAACUGAAAAAUGAUGGAAUGCAUUAUGUCAUUAUUUUGGAUCCCUUUUUGACAAAAGAUGAACCACAAGGUACUUAUAGGCCCUAUGAACUUGGACAGGAAUUGGGAAUUUGGGUCAAUAACUCUGAUGGGAUCACACCAGCGGUUGGCAAGGCCUGGCCUCCAGGAGAUUCAGUGUAUCCAGACUACACCAACCCCAAAACAGCAGAAUGGUGGAUACAGAUGUGCAUGGAAUUUAAAAACAUUCUUGAUUAUGAUGGGAUCUGGAUUGAUAUGAAUGAACCAUCCAAUUUUCAAAAUGGCCAACAGCCAGGAUGUGAAGAGAAUCAUCUAAACUAUCCACCAUAUGUGCCUGAUAUCACAGGUGGCUUAUUGGCGGAGAAAACAUUAUGUCCCAAUUCCAAGACUUAUCUGGGAUAUCAUUAUGAUACACAUUCUCUGUUUGGCUGGUCCCAAGCAAUACCUACUUUCUAUGCUUCUCAGAAUGCCACAGGAAAGCGAGCAUUUGUUUUGAGUCGUUCAACAUUUGUUGGGAGCGGGAAAUACACUGGCCAUUGGCUGGGCGAUAACUUUUCACGUUGGAGAGAUAUGCAUAUGUCAAUCAUUGGAAUGCUAGAAUUUAAUCUCUUUGGAAUUCCAUAUAUUGGAGCUGAUAUAUGUGGGUUUAAUGAAGAGACAACUUACGAACUUUGCCUUCGUUGGAUGCAACUUGGGGCAUUUUAUCCCUUUUCCAGAAACCAUAAUGCAAUUGGGAUGAAGGUCUAUUGA